AGGCACCAGAUGGCCUGUCUUAUUUUCCCCCCGGGGAGAGGAUUUUCAGCAGGACUUCUUUCCUUCCCACCAGAGCCGUCCUGGGGAGGUGUGCUCUGCUCUCAACCUCUGCGAGUCUCUCCAGAAGCACCUGGCAGAGCUGAAUCACCAGAAGCAGCUGGAGUCUAAUAAGAUCCCAGAGCUGGACAUGACUGAGGUGGUGGCCCCCUUCAUGGCCAACAUCCCUCUCCUCCUCUACCCUCAGGACGGCCCCCGCAGCAAGCCCCAGCCAAAGGAUAAUGGGGACGUUUGCCAGGACUGCGUUCAGAUGGUGACCGACAUCCAGACUGCUGUACGGACCAACUCCACCUUUGUCCAGGCCUUGGUGGAACAUGUCAAGGAGGAGUGUGACCGCCUGGGCCCCGGCAUGGCCGACAUGGUGAGCCUUGUGUCCUUGUGCAUUGAGGAUGGUCUGGGUCUGGGAGUUGGGCUCUGGAGGCUGGAGUAGGGCGUUCAGACAACAUGGUUUUCUGUUUAACCAGAAAGCAGCUUGAAUAGGUAGUACAGACUGGAAUCUGUUUUGGUUAAUGGCAUCUGGAUAUGUAAUAAAACUGGGGACAAAAAGUAGGAGACUGUUUCUGGGAAGAUUUUGUUUCCUGCCAGGCACCCUGUG